AUGCUCUCCGCGUUGAAGCGUACUUCAACCAAACAUGCGACCCUCAAUGUAAAGACGGAGUGCAUGCUGUGUGGUCAGCAGAUGACAUUGCGGGCCUUGCAAAAGCAUCUGGGCCGCCACCAACAACAGUUAGCGCUCUUCGCUCUCCCAGCAAAUCCCGGUGAUGACGAGGAUGAUGAACAAGAUAUCCAGGAAGAUGUUCAGGGAGACGAUGACAGCGACCCCAGUUCAAAGAGCGCUGCUGAAGAUGGUGACGUGGACCUCUCAGACGCGAGUGAGCCUGAGCAGAUCCGCCCUCCGUUGGCUACUGAGCUUGACAUGGAGCCUACUCUUAGAGAGUAUCUGGACGUCGCCGCGGAGGAGAAGUUACGGUCAUAUGAUACGAACGCAGAACCAUCGACAAAAUUCGACAAGACCGUUCGCGAAAACAGCACUAAACCUGUCAAUCUCGGGGAAAUACCCUCAAUGAUAUUGGACCCGCCGCCGUCAAUUCCACAUCAAGAGAUCGCAGAGCCUCACAUUGCGGACCUGGAAUCUAAUCUGGAGAAAAUGGAAGAUACAGUAGCGUCCACAGAAGUGAAGAAUGCAGAAUUGGAAGAACGUUUAAGAGCCUAUAACGAAAGUCUUGCCGGAUUGAGACCAGCCCACAGGAGAGACCACACAACUCAAGGUUAUCAUACUGGAAGUAGCCUGGGUGUAGAUAAGGAGGUAAACCGCCCACCGCUGAUAGAAACCACUAGAGAGAUGAACCUUCCAGAAGAAGAGCGUCUUGACCGUGUUGAACCUCUUGUCUCCAUGUUGGCUUCGAGGACGUCCAAUAUCACUGGAUCCGCUGCGGAAUCCGACCGAAGUAUCCAAGCAGAUGAGCCGAUUGAUGAAAAUCGACUCCCACACGUUACCGGAUACGACCAAGCUAGGGACCUGGACGGUGGUCCAUUCCCGAAUGAUAACUUUCCCAAUGACGGGUCACUUAAGGCCUUUGGGCCAGAUUUUAGUGACGGCAGUGACGGGCUCUUGUUAUCGCCGCAAUUCCAACAGUCUAGUAUCCGACAUGCAGAUGCAGCGAUGGUGAUUCCGGGGGCGAAACGCAAUGCAAUUCCGCGGCCCUUACCACCUCCACGUUACAUUCCGGAGUGGGAGCACCGGGUGAAGCAGAGGGGGCCACAAGAGAAUGUUAUACCCAACGAUCAAGCUGAACAGAUGAGGGAGGAACAGCUGGCUGUAACAAGGGAAGAUGCAUUCAAGAACGAACCGGCCGCCGAGAGCUCUCAUGCCUCCAAUGUCGAUCAGAAAAGAUCAGUCGGAACAUCCGAAAGUACGCGAGUAUUGCCCACAGGGCCGGGUCCGACAUUGCCUUCGUCUCAGGCUGACAGGCGCCAACCCGAAGAACGUGGUUCGAGACGAGAAUCAGGGAUGGAUCUUUAUGAUGAUCGUAUUGUUGAAGUACAGCGAUCACUAAGACGUGGGGCGAGUGUAUCAUCAUCUGACGAUGAGCCGCACGAAUCCGAAGUGGAAAGGAAAGACAUUAACGCACUGAUGCAGAGUGGUGAUGCCACCGUUAUCAGCAACGGUAACAACGAGAUUCGCUUGAAAGUAAAUUCAAGUGCCCCGCUCAGUCUGCAAUUCAACAGCGACCUGGAGGGCCGUACCAUGCAGCUUAUCCCAACCGAGGAUGGCAUGGCAGAACUCGUCAUCCGCGGCGCAAACCCUGAGAACGAGAUCACAUACGGCAGCACUCGUAGGUCACACAGAGGCGUCAGAGGCGCGAGAGACUCUUAUGACGAUCGCAUUGUUGAAGUCGCGCGGCCACUGAGACGAAGGGCGAAUACAUCUUCAUAUUACCAUGAAUAA